UGAACCCGUGAACGUAGCAUCAGUCCACCCAGCGGUGCUGUGAUAUUCAGAGGUCAUACAUUUACCAAUAAAUUAAGAAAACACUGCAGGCAGGAUGUCUGGAGAGCUGUCCCGAGAUAUAAACAUCAAAGAGCCGCGAUGGGACCAAAGCACAUUCAUGGGGCGCGCCCAGCACUUCUUCACAGUCACGGAUCCCAGGAACGUCCUGCUGUCCUCUGAGACUCUGGAAGAGGCUAAAGUGAUCGUGGAAGGCUACAGAGCUGGGAUUGUGAGGCCUGGCCUGACAGAGGACCAGCUCUGGAGAGCCAAAUAUGUCUACGACUCCGCCUUCCACCCCGACACCGGGGAGAAGAUGUUCGUGAUCGGUCGGAUGUCCGCUCAGGUGCCCAUGAACAUGACCAUCACGGGCUGCAUGCUCACCUUCUACAGGACGACUCCGGCCGUGGUGUUCUGGCAGUGGGUUAACCAGUCCUUUAACGCUGUGGUCAACUACACCAAUCGCAGUGGAGACGCACCCAUCACCGUGAACCAGCUGGGUGCAGCCUACGUCAGUGCCACCACCGGGGCUGUCGUCACUGCUCUGGGACUCAAGUCUCUGGCUCAGCGUCUCCCUCCGAUCAUCAGCCGGUUUGUUCCGUUUGCUGCUGUUGCCGCUGCUAACUGUAUCAACAUUCCCUUCAUGAGACAGAGGGAGUUGAAGUACGGUAUUCCAAUCACCGAUGAGAACGGGAACCGGUUAGGAGAGUCCGCCAAUGCUGCCCAGCAGGCCAUCAUGCAGGUGGUGGUGUCCAGGAUCGGCAUGGCAGUGCCUGCAAUGGCCAUCCCCCCCGUCAUAAUGAAUGCCCUGGAGAAGAGAGCUUUCAUGAAGCGUUUCCCGAUUCUCAAUGCUCCGGUCCAGGUGGGGCUCGUCGGUCUGUGCCUGGUGUUUGCGACUCCCCUGUGUUGCGCCCUCUUCCCUCAGAAAAGCUCUAUGAGUGUGAGCGGGCUGGAGGCCGACCUGCAGGAGAGGAUACGACAGAGCAGCCCCGGCACAACCCACGUGUACUUCAACAAGGGCCUGUAGGGGCAGCCAGCACACCCCCAUGCAGAAGCACAAGACAUGCAGACACUCGGAGCAGACCCUCUGUUUGGUACACUCGUCAGAUCUACAGUGAUACAGUACAGCAGCUCCGACGACAAACAUUUAAUUACAUUUUUUAAAGGUAUGUAGUUUUUAUUGAAAAUAUUUGAGUUGUUUAGCCCUUUAUUGGAAAGGUGACUUUAUUAGGUAGGGAUGUCCCAAUCGGAUUUGUAGAUAACGAAUCGAGGUCGAUAUUCGGCUCUUUGUCGCAAACGUCAGACGUGAGAACAGACGUAUAUUCACAGAACAAAAGGAACCCAGAACACGUUCAGGUGUAUUCAGAUUUUCAUGGAGAGAAUUUCUUGCAGGGUAUACAGUAUAUUGCAUUAUGGUUGAUAUUAUUCAUAUUAUCAUUAUCACUUUAUUAUUUUUAUCACUAUUAUGAUAAAUAAUAUUGCUAUUGUCAUAAUGUUAUUAUCUCUAUAUGAUUAAUAUUGCUAUUAUCAAUAUACUAUUAUUAUAAUUUAUGAGUAAUGGGUUCCUGAGGGUUGAGUAGCAGAACAGAACAUUUAAGAGCAAGAGCGUAAAGAAUCCUCCCCAAAUAAUACUCAUAAAACCAUCAUGAACGAGGCCCAUGGGAGCAUGAAUGAAGAGGAAAAAAAAUUAGUAAAUCAUCUUCAAUUCCUCCGAUAUCCUUCAACAGUUUAUUUUAAAAAGUACCCUGAAAAACCUGAAUUUACAUCCUCUGGUCAUUUCAGUUGCAGUUUGCAGUGGAGUUAUUGUACUGAAUCACACAAGAUUGAACCAGUGUGCCUGGAGGUGUGUUUACUGAGUGAAUAUACUCAGAAAUCUUUUUUUUUUUUUUUUUUGUGCACAUG